AUGAGCAUUUUUCCAUCGAUUAAACUCACGUAUUUCAAUGAAAGUGGUCGUGCUGAGGCCUCACGUCUGGCAUUUUACAUUGGCAACGUCCCCUUUGAGGACAAACGCCUUAGUGUUGCACAGUUUACUGCUACAAAGGAUUCACUUCCGUUGGGUCAAUUACCGACACUUGAGGUCAAUGGUGAAGUGCUGACACAGUCUCAUGCUAUCAUACGUUACGCUGGUCGUCUAGGAGGUCUCUAUCCUACUACUAUAUCGUACUUGGCUUUGAAGAUUGAUGAGGUGCUGAAUGCCAUGGGUGAGAUUGAGGAGAAAAUGGUUCAGUUGUCACACGAAACUGACGUGAACAAGCAGAAGAAGAUGGGAGAGGAACUAGUGACGGUUAGUCUACCUCGUUACGCUGGUCUCUUUGAAGCGCGUCUGGAAAAGAUGAAGCAGAUUUCAGCUUUUCGGUCGGAUCAUGUCUACAUACACGAGCUUGCUCUCUAUGUCUGGAUCAAAUCACUGCGUGAUGGUUUUAUGGAUUGUAUCCCCACGCCGGUGUUGGACGGCUACAAGCUACUAAAUGAGACGUACGAUAAGAUUGCUAGCCAUCCCAAGGUCAAGGAAUGGUACACUCUCCAGCAUGAUACGACACCCAAACUUAAACUCACGUACAUGCCACACCCUGGUCGUGGAGAGCCAAUUCGUCUUGCCUUGUUUAUUGGUGACGUUGAGUUUGAGGAUGACCGCAUUACGCGUGAAGAGUUGGCGACUCGCAAACCUUCACUGCCCUUCAACCAGCUACCGGUGCUCGAAGUAAACGGUGAGGUUGUUUCCCAGUCACUGGCAAUCCUUCGCUAUGCAGGCACGCUGUCGGGAUUGUACCCGACAACGGAUCCAGUGGCCGCAUACCGUAUUGACGAGCUGUUUGCGAUCCUGGACAAUAUGUUUAACUACCCACUCUGGGGUGCGUCGUACCGCGAGAAGGACGUUGAGAAGCAGCUAGCAAUGCGUGCAGAGCUGUCCAGCGGUAUGGUACCAAAGACGCUCAGAUUUUUGGAAAGCCGUGUCAUCAAAAACAAAGGACCAUAUGCAACUGGCGCCAACUUCACGGUUGCAGACCUUGCUAUCCACAGUGUACUGUUAGGCUUUAAAAGUGGAGUGCCAGGAUUCUCAAAGACGAUUGCAGAUUCGUACACAAACCUGCAGCGCGUGUUCAAGCAGGUGGCGGAGCACCCUAAGGUUGUUGAGUGGAACGUUGCACACAACCAGUAG